CAGCACUCCACCACGCGCUCCUGUCUCCCGCAUCAUGUCGGUGUUCCCGUGGCUUCUUUGGAUUUUGUUUCGUGGUACUAUAGGAGGUCCGGUUCAGCACGCGACAUGGUCGGAAGGGGCAGGCCUAAAUCCGGUACAGACACCACAGCAUGAAGCCACGAAUCCUUCGUUCUACCACCUGCCCAUGUUCCAGCAUGCACGGUGGCCACUUGUAUCACCGGAGCUGUUUCGUCCGUUCCUUCAGAAGAGCCCGCUGCCCACCGGACUGAAUGCUCUGCUGUUCCCGCAAGCGAGACCACAGCACAGCGUCACGGGGACGGGGUCACGCGCUGUGCACGUCUGGUGCGGGUUCGAUGAUAUCUCUGUGCGCGUCGACCGCCUCCAUCUGAGCACGUGGACCGAUCCAUCGCUGUUUCGACUCGGCUCGUGCCCGGUCAGCAGGGUCAGCCCCCGCUUUCUGUACUUCCACCACAGACUGAGCGACUGCGGCGGAGGGCCUCAGGUUGUUGGCGGCCAGCUGGUGUACAGCUAUGCGCUGUGCUAUACUCCACCUCGGCAAGGCUACGUCAUCAGAGUCGUACCACUUAACUUCCCGAUCUAUUGCAAUUACAACAGGUUCCAUUACUCCUACCAAGUUGGCUUCAGACCUCAAGUUCAACACACAAUCUUAAUGAAGAGCAUCAGGAGUAGACUCAGCUACAGCCUCACUGUCUGCAAUGCCCAGGGAGAGCCCGUCCCAUCAGGCCAUUGGUUCUUUUUAGGGGAGCCGGUUUAUUUUGUUGCCCAGGCAGCAGCUCUGUUGGCUGGGGAGAGGCUAUAUGUGGACUCCUGCUAUGCCACAAGCUCCAGCGACCCACACAGUGUGCACAGAGCGGACAUCAUUACUAACUAUGGCUGCAUGCCAGACAGCAGGAGGGUGGGCAGCAGCUCCCGCUUCCUGCUGGGAGGGGGCAGUGUGCUGAAGUUCUCUGUGGAUGCAUUUCUCUUCAGAGAACUCUCACAGGUGCUGUACCUCCACUGUUCAAUGUCAGUCGGUCUCACCACUUCCAACUCCUCAAAGUCCUGCAGCUACGACCAGGCUGCUGGCAGGUGGGAGGAGCUGACGGCCGCAGCCUCAGUGUGCUCCUGCUGUGACUCCAUGUGCGGCAACAUACACCAAUCAGCUAUCAAGAACGUAGUCAGCAGUCCAGGCUUGCUCAUCAGACAAAGAAGUGACGUGAAACCAAGGGGGAUGGAGAUGUCUCUUCAAGCAGAGGAGGAAAGAGACUGGGAAGAUCCAGAAGAGAAGCUGGAAGAGGAAAAAGAUGAGAACCAUAAGGAAGUCCAGACUUUUCCACAGGAGACGGAGCAGGAAGAAGCCAGUCCUAAUGAGACAAAAGCUUGGAGAACAAGUGAUGUAGUCACUCAGCAGGGAAACGGACAGGAGGAGGACGUGGGAGAGACGGAGGUGGUGAUGGAUGAGACGGACAGCCAGCUGAAAGAGUUCUCUACAGAGGACAUCAUGUCUGACCAGAGUACACCAGAGGAGUUCUCAAGUACCGAACAUGCUUCUGUGAUUGGUUUGUCCAGUGACAACAUCAGCACUGAUGCUUCUGGUACCAGCGCUACAGCUUCCAGCUUUGCGAUUGAUUAUGAUGAUACAAGUAAUCUUGGUUCUGCAGAAAAUGUUUCCACAGCUCCACUUCCUACCAGUGAGCUUUGUGCUGAUGGUGAUCCAAAGAGCUGCAGCACCACCAUUAAUAGUACAGCAGGUGGGGCACAAAGCUUCACCCCUGAUACUGUUGUUGGAGCAACCAAUAGAUCUGGUUCUCUUUGGGGCACUGAUGCUUCUGGUACCAGCGCUACAACUACAGCUUCCAGCUUUGCGAUUGAUUAUGAUGAUACAAGUAAUCUUGGUUCUGCAGAAAAUGUUUCCACAGCUCCACUUCCUACCAGUGAGCUUUGUGCUGAUGGUGAUCCAAAGAGCUGCAGCACCACCAUUAAUAGUACAGCAGGUGGGGCACAAAGCUUCACCCCUGAUACUGUUGUUGGAGCAACCAAUAGAUCUGGUUCUCUUUGGGGCACUGAUGCUUCUGGUACCAGCGCUACAACUACAGCUUCCAGCUUUGCGAUUGAUUAUGAUGAUACAAGUAAUCUUGGUUCUGCAGAAAAUGUUUCCACAGCUCCACUUCCUACCAGUGAGCUUUGUGCUGAUGGUGAUCCAAAGAGCUGCAGCACCACCAUUAAUAGUACAGCAGGUGGGGCACAAAGCUUCACCCCUGAUACUGUUGUUGGAGCAACCUAUAGAUCUGGUUCUCUUUGGGAGUCAGAUAUUAGAGACUUUGAGACAGUUGGGAAACACUCUGCCACCGGUGACUUGGGAAUGGAUAUCCCAGGUUUGUUUAAUAUCAGCAGGCUGGAGGCAGAUCAGAGUGACUCGCUCCUCUGGUCAGAACAGUCUGACUGGAUACAAGGCCAAGCAGAAGAUGAAGAAUACUUUUCUGAUGCCACUACAAGACCACACAGUGUCAGUUAUUUGAGUUUAGAGGACAUGCAUGAAGACAACCCCAGUCACUCUGCUUUGUGAGCAUCUCCUCCGCCCUGCAGGGCUCUGUGAGCAGCCUGCCAGCUGAUCUGGAGCCAGCACCGGGCUUGCACAGCUUGGGGUUUGUGGAGGAGUGGCCAGUAGAGGAGUUGGGACAGAAGCUGAUGGAUGACUUCUAUCAAGAUGAGAUUAAUUAUCAGAAGAGUUCUAACACUGGUUUACUGUGGUUUACAUAAGAAUGGACACAAUAUUUCACUAGAGUUUUAAACAUGUCUGAGUCUGACCCGACAAAAACAGCACAUGAAAUCCUGUGCUGCUGUAUUUAUUACAUUGUUUUGUACAUGUUUCAAUAUUUAUGAAAGUCUUAAGAACAGCUUUGCCGGGGGGAAAGGUAAAGUCAGAAGUCAUAGUGGGUCAUGUAGAAUCCAUCCAGCAGCAGGAAAUGAGUCAGUUAACUUUACAACCCUUUCUUUCAAAUGCUGUAACUUUCCUAUGAUUGUAGAACCUCAGUCAUUUUGAAACCUUUCUGUAAAUGUCAAGGAUCAUAAACAGCUCUUAGUGCUCACAUGAAAAAUAUGAAACCAGGAGAGACUUUCAGACAAACCUUUCCAAGACUGGAGGAGAACCUUAUGUUCAGCUGCCUGUAGCCAUGAUGUGGACAUGUAAUGAAUAAACUCCUCUGACCAAGCUCUUACCUA